ACAAAGGCGUCAAAGCGCUCACACCGGCAAGAGCAGUGGCCCACGCUUGAGCAAGACACAAAGUCAACGGCGGCACGACGAUGGAGAUGGACAACUACUCCAUCAAGGCGGAAGUCAUCCUCCCGACGGUGCAGAAAUACUUUGAGCGCAUCCUGCCGGCGCAGUGGAGCAUGCUGGCCGCGGGGACCAUCGACUCGGCCACGCAGGUCAUCCUGGCGGACAUGUGCACGGACAUCACGCAGAAACUCUGCGCGGACACCAUUCGGGUCAUCAUCCCGGAGUUUAAGCAGCGCAUUCAGAGUGCCGACAAGAAAAGAACGAAGCUCAAAGUGGAAGGCGGACUGAGCACCGCGUUCGCGUCGGCGCUCGGCGUCCCCGAGCAGCGCAGCAAAAGUUCCCAAAAGCUGGACUCUCUCUUCAAGAGGGAGAUCUCUCAGCGGGUCAAUCACACUUUGUCCGCCGCCACCAGCACUGACAGUCAGCUGGUGCCUCUGAUUUACAUCCCGGGAACCUUCACCAAGAUAGAAGUUCUGGCCAAGAUGGUGCUGCUGGCCUGUGGCGCUCUCAAGGUUUACCUGAGCAAGAUGGCCAUUUACACAAAGUGCUUCAGACCGUGCUGGCGCCAAAAGACCAGCCAAGAACCCCCCCGUGACUCCAAGUGCGGGAACGUGUGCAUAUUUAACCGGGAAGAAACCACGGAGGCCGUGAUGAACAUCCUGCGCAGGUGGACCGACGGCGAGGAGGAGUCCCUCUCACUCAGGACAAAUCGGGAACUGAAGAAAACGGCAGCGGAAAUCGUGACAACCAUCAUCGACGACCUGCACUGCCCCGACCCCUCGGAGGAGGGACGCAGUCGCUCCUCUACGCCUCAUUUCAAUCUGGGGCUGAUAAAGGAUCAACUCUGUGAGUUCUUUGAAUCCUGCGUCUCGCCCAACAGCAGCAAUGAAUCUUCUCGCAAACGCAACUUUUUGAACUUUUGCCAAAAGAAGUUUGACGAACUGACAUUUGAACUGCAGAAGGUCCGGUGUCGCUGCAUGCGCUUGGAAGAAGAGCUGUCCCGAUGUGGGACCCUAACACCAGAUGGUGAUAAUCUGCUCAGCUUCCAGGGAAUCCAGCCCGAUCUUGAGGAUGUGUUCCACAAAGUAGCGCUACCAGCGGGAGCCGCCAGCAUAGAUGUGGACAAGCUACGACACGAAGCCGACAAGUUCUCACUAGACCUGGCGGAUAAACUCUACCAUUACAUGACCGCCAACCGGACCACCGUCCAAUCAGAUGCAGUGUGGAGGCGCUACUCAGAGCCACUCAUCUUGGAGGUGGACGAGGAAAAACCGGAGAACAUCCAAGUUCUGCACAAGAUCGUAGAAGACACCGCUACAAAGUUUGUACAGCAGCUGCUGCUCUGGCUCAAGAUGGAACCGGUGACGAGGGGGAACCACGCCGACGAGGUCUACGGUUGCUUGAACGACAUCGACACGCUCAUCGCAGGAACCGUGAUCCCACGAGCAAAAGAGGAAGACCUGGAUGACACCAGGCCCAAGAGCACGAGCUCGCACGUACGAAACGCGCACCCACCUUCCACGCGGGAAGAGACGGUCACCGUGGAAAGCGGGAUCAGUCAAAAAACGGAGACGGACGGCGCCCAAGGAAAGACUCCACCCUCUGGCGUCGUACGCGUCGCUUGGCCGUCGCCACUCCGCCCGCCUUCCGCGCAGGAGACGCGCUUGCACCGGGACGCCUCCCGGUCGAGGAGUCCGUCCUCACGUGCGACGUCGCGCAGCUCGGUCUCCAUGGAGGAGAUGGUCACGUCGCUCGUGGCGGUGCUCGUCGUCCGGCUGCUGACCCGCCUUCAAAAGAAACACAAGCAGGUAGUUCUCUCCCGCGACACCCUGCCAAUCAUCCAGCGUCUGACCAAGAAGGUGCUGCAGGACCCGCGCUUAUGCGUCAUCACCGAGGCCAACAUUUACAGCGUCAACAAGCUGAUGAAGGCCGUCGUCCGGGAGCUGCUGCGAGAGUUCAACAGUACGCGCCAGCUGCUGGAGGCCUUCCUGUCCGACGAGCUGCGUUUUGACAACACCCUGCUGGAGCUGCUGAUGUUCAACCUGGAUGCGCUGAAAGCGCCCCAGCGACGCAGGACGCCAAAGUUCUUCGCCGCUGUGCGCAGGGUUUUCCUUUGGACUUUCUGUAGACGCUCCUCGAGCAGCAGGCAGGAAAUCCUGGCGUAUACCGAGACGGACUCGGGGAAGAGUGCCAGCGUUUAAGAACAUCAACAUCGUGGUGGUCUGCAGAACCAAAGCUUAAGACUUGUGUACACAAUAAUGAUCUCGGGGUGCAACGCGUGGCCUUUUUGUACUUUUCUACUCGGUUUAUUCACACAAGGUCAGUCUAUCUCAUUUCCAUUUCACAUCCGGCACCAGGGGACCCCGAAAGAUCCACGCGCUUGCUCUUCGAUUUCUCCUGUGUUCAGUUCCCAAAAGGAGACUUGUCUUGCAGACGGGGUAAAUGAAACGGUUAACAGAUAUUUUUGGGAAGUCAAGAGAGUUUAAGAAAAAGUACAUCAUACAGAGAAGACCGGUAAAAAGAAAACCUAGGCCGAUGGACCUGUUAUACAUGUAUACAUUUGAACCCUCUGGGGAAAGGAUUCUCUGGUCCUACUAGUCCUCUAAAUCUCCAGCUCCAGGGAAGGAUCCCAAAGCGGCGCGGUUCUCGUUCACACCGGGAACAUCGGUGCCUGGAGGCGGCCGUUCGAGAGGAAAACAUUUGACGGCGUUUGGGCGUUGGUUCACACACGUGAGCUCGAUGAGUCAGUAUGGAGAACAGGUGAAAAACUUCCCGCCCGUCAGGUCGACCCGACCCGCCGGUUAGGCCCGUCGCUCCCGACGGCCCCGCCCGAUUCCUCGGCAGGGCGUCGGCCGCCGCUCCAAAUACCUGCGCCGCUAUAAGAUCGAGCUUCCUCCGCCCCACCUGCUGUCGGUCAACAACAUGGAUAAACUUCUAAACAGCGGCCUGGGUCAGGAGGCGCUGGCCAGUUUGGCCAAAGAUAAAGCGGGGGAUUUUGCAGAGAAUCUUGUGUACAAGAUAGCAGGAGGGGGGGGAGCGGAGGGUCAGGAGGAGAAAAAAGGAUUCGACGUGGGCUCGCUCAUCGGCGGCGGCGGCAAGAGCGACGACAAAGGAUUCGACGUGGGCUCGCUCAUCGGCGGCGGCAAGAGCGACGACAAAGGAUUCGACGUGGGAGACGUCCUGUCCAUGGUCAGUUCGAAAGACGAGGGGGAUGGAGGAGGAAUUAAGAACGUUGUGGGUGGACUGUUUGGCUAGGAGCGUGCUGACAUCCUCAUCGAGCGCCUCCACAACAAUCAAUCACGCCGCUCCUUAAUAAAGACAAUUGACCAUGUACAACUAUCGAAAUAUGAAAUAAAUCAUUCCAAAACA